AUGCCGCUGAAAUUAUGUCAGUGCCAUACUUGCAUCAAGGUCGAAAGUAAAGAUCCGGAUACAGGCGCACCUAUCCAGGGUACUUUCGUGUCGCAAAGUACCUUUGCGAACCACCGACAACCAUCUCGACAGUCGAAGUCCCAUCAUAACAAACAUGCUGCACGAGCAUUACCCAAAGCAGAAGACUCCAUAUUCUCUGCAACAGUUCGACCAACUCAAACGAUCGCCCGCGUCCCAGAUCAUUUAGAUUUCGACGAUGGAGCAGCCCCCGAACUGUGUCCUCCGUUGACUAAGAAAGAGGAAGCGGCUUUGCAGAAAAUUCAACUUUGUUUAGAUGAAUUUUGUCGACUGCAAGAGGCAGCUAAACCGCUUCCGCCAUUGAUUUUUCCACCCACGCCCACGGAUAUUCCAGAGUCUCCACCUCAAUUACCGUUUGGACCCAACGAAAAAUAUCUUAAACAUCAGAGUUCGGUCACGCCUCUUAUGAAUCAAGUGGAUGGUAUUCGGACAGAUGAGAGCGUUGUAGUGCGCCGCGCCCGCAAACGGGCCAUUGACCAGAUGAUCGCUUACGACGAUAGUCUGACUGGUUAUGUGGCGACGUGUUGGGAGAGAGAAAGAGGUCUCCGCCUCCAAACGUCUAUGGGGUCGAACGCCUCGCAAGCCGGUGGACCACCUGAUGUCACGAUUGAAGAGAAGCAGGCAUUACAGAAGCUCGAGACAUAUUUGAGUGAAUUCAAUCGACAAAAGUCAAAAUUUAGCGAGCUUUCUCCAUUAACCUUCCCGCUUACUCCGGACGACAUACCAGACCCUCCCCCCAACCUACCAUAUUCACCAAACAAAAAAUUCAUACAACACCGCCAAUUUAUUGAUGUGUUGAUCUCUCGAGUGCGUGGCUUGGGGGUCAAUGCCACUGAUGCCGUCACCAAUCGUCAAAAAGAGGUCAUCGCCCUAGUGACUGCCUAUGAUGAUCAGCUCAGAAGCUACGUGACUGAAACUUGGAAAAGGGAAAGGGAUGAGCGCCUGCAUCAGCGCUCCAACCCAAUGGAAACCAUCGACUGCAGUCCCCAUUCUGACCACAUCAAGAACAUUUCAGGAAUGCCACACGCGAUAUUAGCUUCAAUCGUCACCGUCUUUAUCCUGACCCUCAUCUCCAACCUUCCGCGAAAUGGGUCAAACUUUCUUCUCUAUGCCAUGCGGACGGUGGCCACAACGGCGUGCACCUAUUACGUGAAACAAUGUUUCAAUGUAGACAAUCCUCCUGAUCCACUCCGCAUUCUUACGGCAGGCGAUCACUGGCCAAUCGAUAUUCGCACAGCAAUGGCAAACUUUCGUCUUGAUCCAGACCUUGUUAUAUAUGCGUCAUGCCCAAAAUGUUUCUCCUGUUAUGACAAGGUCGACGGAAAGUACCCCGAGCACUGCAAAUUUAUGAGCACGCCUAGCUGCCCUCCUUGUGGGACCAAGCUCACCAUUCGUAAACAAACACUAAAGAAUGGUCAGCCUGCAAAAGUUGAUUUCGUCCCCAUCCAACCAUACGCAUACCAACCCAUCACAUCUUAUCUUUCUCGUCUAUUAUCCCGGCCGGGCCUUUUGGAGCUGAUGAAGAAGACAGCAGUACCCUGGAAUGCAGGCAAACCGCGAUGGUGGGAUUUCUUUGGGGCUCGCGCAUUUCGACAAUUCCUAGGGCCUGACGGUGAAAAACCUUUUCUGAUGUGUCCUGAUGGGGAAACCCGCCUUAUAUUUAGUCUCUUUGUUGACUGGUUCAAUCCCUAUGGUAACAAGAUCGCCGGGAAGAAAGCCUCCAUUGGUGGCAUCUACAUGGUCUGCCUCAACCUUCCUCCCCACCUUCGAUUUCGCGUUGAGAACGUUUAUCUCGUUGGAAUAAUUCCAGGAGAACCUCACCUUGACCAUGUUAAUCACCUUCUCCGCCCACUCAUCUCAGACCUGCUUCCAUUGUGGCACACUGGGGUUAAGUUCUUGAACGUAAUAAACGCUGCAACAAACCUUUUUGUUCGCUGUGCCAUAGUUCCGCUCGUAGCGGACUUGCCUGCUUCUAGGAAGGCCUCGGGGUUUGCCGGUCACAGUGCUCAUUUCUUCUGCAGCUUCUGCCGGCUACGCAAAUCAGACAUAACGAAUCUCGACGUCGGAUCAUGGUUACGUAGGAGCCGAGCCGAACACUAUGCUGCUGCUUUGCGUUUCCGAGAUGCACGCAAUAUUCGAGAACGUGACGAUGCGUUUGACACCGAUUAUACUCGAUGGAGCGAAUUGUUGAGGCUUCCAUACUGGGAUCCCACUAAGUUCACAGUCAUCGAUCCCAUGCAUAAUCUCUUCCUCAACCUAGCAAGCUAUCACAUAAGGUCAUUUUGGAAGACGUGCUCUACCUACGUACAAGGGCGAAGAAACCAAGAACCCCAUUCCCCAGCUGAACAAGCUCAAGAAAUCGAUAAAGCCCACCGGUGGAUUAAAGCAGGGAACACAAAUGCUUUGAGCAGAAUGAGAAGGACAUACGUUGAAUAUGUCUCUCAUGCCAAUCAAACUGAGAUAUCAGCGAAUUCUAAAAAAAACCUACAACUUGCGACCGAGGUUGUGAAUUGGUGGAAGGCUCGGCCAGCUGGCAGUGAGCUGAUCAAGCCUCCACCGCUAACCGUUCCAGCUGUGAAUAUUUUACAGGCUCUGAAUCCAGACAGCAUAAUUGGCGAGGCGGAGUUGAAUGAAAUCUGGGGAGAUAUGGAGAAAACAACAACUCCGAACUGGUUUAACCGCGCCCCAAAGAAUUUCGGCACCGUCAAACAUGGAAAGAUGUCUGCCGAUCAUUGGCGCAGCGUCUGUACUGUCAAUCUCGUUAUUACCCUCAUACGAUUAUGGGGCCAACCUGGAGCAUCCCAACGCCACAAAAAGCUUUUAGAGAAUUUCAUGGCACUCGUAUCUGUGUUUCGCUGGGCCCCAACACGCUCUACAUCAGAACGCCAAAUACAAGUAGUUGAGCGCCAGCUCCAGAAGUAUUAUAAAUCCCUCAUGGCCCUUUCCGGAAAGGAGCACAUGACGCCCUCUCACCAUCUGUCUCUCCAUCUCCCUGAAUGUCUUAGGGAGUUUGGUCCUGUACACGGUUGGUGGGGCUUUGCAUUCGAGAGAUACAAUGGCAUCAUCCAGCGCCAAAACUCCAAUAAUAAACUGAAUGAGCUGGUGCUUACCUUUACUCGAACCUUCUGCAGAGCAGCCAAUUUGAAAGCUCUCCUCGCUCAACCUGGUUUAUCCCCCAUUUUAGAUGAGAUUAAACCGGGAUUCGAGCAACAAUAUCCCAACGAAUUGAGAGGCUCAACCUUGAACGAUGUUCUUUCUUACGAAGGUUAUUUUGACACAAAUGAGGACCUCGAGUGGGAUCCCGCGAACAAGGAGGUGGAUUUGUCCCUGGAGGUUUUGAACGCGCUCAAAGUCAAAUUAAAUCAAGCCAACACAAAUGUCACCUUUGUGACUGAUCGUUCGCAAACGGGGAGUCUUCUCGAACCAACAGCUCAACGACUCAGGUAUCUGAAGGCGAGGGGAGUCACAUUUUCUCCUGCCAAACAGUCUGAAGGCAAUUCUUCCAUCCUCUUUCGCCCAGUGGGAGGCGAUGCCAUCGUUGCGGGACAGAUACAAGACAUUUUCUUGCAUGCGACGAAGUCUGGUGUGGAUGAAAUAGUUAAGCUUGAAUCUUUCCUUGUUGUCAAGAAGUUUAGGCCGUUGUCAGCCGAGGACGAGCGGAUAGACCCAUAUAGGGCAUUUCCGCUUCUUGACGUGCGGCUUUAUCACGAUAUUCUCCUUCCAGAAGUAUUCGUCAUCACAUCGUCGGAUAUCGUUUCUCAUUUUGCAAGCUGCCCAUUCCAGUUCUUAGGCCAGGGCCAUCAAUAUCGAAUUGUAUUAUCUCUUGACCGUGUAAGUCUAUUGGAAGGCUUUUUAAAUAGAUACUAA